CGUCGAUACCAUCCGGAAUAUUACUUGGUAUCGGAUCGGAAAGGAAAUCAGUGGUAUCGCACAUCAGUACAAAACAACAGGGUCGUGUGACAAGUAUAACAGAGGCCUUGUUUUAUUUCGACACACAGACGGUGGAGACGUCACUGUAAGAGGAAAGAAGAGACAAUUGUUGGAGCUUUUCUGUUGUAUAAUUGCUUCACCACAGUUUGUGGUAACAUAAAGCAGCUAACAUUAAGGUCGUGGAAUGGCUGCGCUUAGAAGUCGGUCUGUGCCAGGAAACCAUGAACUUUACCAGUUGUGAGAAGAAGAGAUAGCUCAUUUACGCAAAUACAUCAGCAAGCCAUUUUAAACACGGACCAGAGAGGAUGGGAACAGGCAGGUUUUCUACAUCUGCGUGUGUGGGAUUGGCUGCCCGCUCUAAAAGGGGGAGUACGGUCUAUGACAAGCACUCAAACUCACACACACAGACACACACACACAAUCUGUGUGUGUCUCUUUGUGUGUGUCCUUGAGAGUAAGUGUUGAUGAUGAUGCAGCUUUUCUGAACCGAAACUGAAAGUGUUCUUUCAGGAUGACGUGAGGGGGAUUCAGACAUCACCUGCUCUCAGCUGCAUCCAGUCCUGGUCCCGGUCGAUCGGAUCGUCGUCCUGCCCGCACGGAGGUACUUUCAGCUCCUAAUGAGUCAUCAGAGGAGUAAAGCAGGAGGUGCAGAGGAAAGUGGAGAAGAAGGAGGAGCCUGGAGCAAACUGCUAAAACUGAAGAUCCCCUCAAAGAUCUGGAAGAACCGCAAACUGCACAACAACAAUGAAGGGGAUGAGGUCAAGCAGGUGCAAGUGGAGCAGGAGGAGCAGCUGGAAGAAUCAAGCAGGAGGCUGAUAGAGAGGGAGGAGGACCUGUUCAGCUAUGACUCUGUCAAUGAGGAAGAUGAGGACGAGCUGCACAAAGACUUCGAGGCUCUGCAACUGAAGCUGUGGAUGGCCAUCAAUGACACCUUCACCCCCUCCUCCUCUGCAGGGGAGCUAAAGGUCCUGAGGAGUGCCAUGGUGUCUAUCCAGCAGCAGGAGGCGCAGGACCAGCGCUGGAGAGACUGUCAGGAGGAGCGAGUCCCAAGAUGGCGUCCUCAGAAAUGUCUCAGCAUCCACAACAUACUGCUCCAGAACAUGGUGGAGGGCCGAAUAAAGGAGGCUGCCAAAGACACCCCGGGAGGAACCGACUGGCUCUCUUCACCUGUGAAGAGACAGGUGUGUCGAGUGGGAAGAUGUGUGAAGGAAGACCUGCUGACGGUGGUGAGGAGGGUGAAGAACUGCUACCCUCCUCACAUGGACAUCAUGAACCUCUACGCCGGCCUGUACCAUCAGGAGUUCUCAGCCCACCUCACUCAGCUCACCGCUGCAGGGCUGGACGACGAUGACUGCAGCUACCUGUUGUCCUGGGUCAACCAGUACUACCCACAUGAAAUCCUGGAACAUACGGAGCUGGAUGGACAGAUAAAGGUGCCCUGUCUGGGUUCUCUGCUGCCGCAAGAUGAGCUGAAGCUGCUGGAGGAACAGUACCUGACCCACAAAGAGGAAAAGGUGAAGCUGUGGCUGAACACUGCCCUGAAGAAGGAACAAGAGAACUGGCUGAGUGGAAGGACACCCGAAAUCAUCGAUGGUUAUUACUUCAGUUGUCUGGCUGUAGACGUCAUACAGGUGAUGACCGGUUCCCUGUCUGAGUUCAGCUGUGCCAUCAAAGACAAGAGAAAAGCUCAGAGGCUCACAGUUCAGCUUGAGAACUUCAUGUACAGCUAUGUGAAGUGUGUGGAGGAGUUUGUGAAGGGAAACCAUGGUAAUGUCCGCUCGGUGAUCAAAGCUCAGCUGGUCUGCGAGCAGCAGCUCAGAAAACAAAAGCAGUGCACAGUAAACACCGGAGCCCAAGAAAACAGCCCAAACACAGUUCAGUUCAGGCAGCCGACCGUGCAGACGGCAAUGGCGGCGGCGGCGUGGAAACAGAUCAGGGGGCUGGCUGUGCGGACAGCGGCAGCGACGAAGGAGGCUUGGAGGCUGGACCAGACGAGGAUGAAGGUUCGGAGGCUGGACCAGACGAGGAUGAAGGCUCGGAGGCUGGACCAGAUGAGGAUGAAGCUGCUGAUGGCUGGACCAGAUGAGGAGGAAGCUGCUGAUGGCUGGACCAGAUGAGGAUGAAGCUGUUGAUGGCUGGGCGGGCCCCUCAGACCCUCCAGUGGAGACAGAGUGCUGGCCGGGCCCUCCGGAACCCCCAGCGGAGACGAGGAAGUGCUGGCCAGGCUCUCCCGAGCUUCCAGCAGGAGCAGAUGCAGAGCCAGAGGGUGUGGGGACCCCUGGCUGAACAUUAGGCUGACUAGGUGGGUGAGUGUGUGGCUGACCAGGGAACUGAAUUGCUACAAGGGACUGAACUGAAGUCUGAAGUGGCACAGGGGACUGAACUGAAGUCGACUCAGCUAAUGGUUCAUAUAG